GGGGGCGGGGGCGAGAGGCGGGCGACGGCACCGCCCCGGCGACAAAAGUCCCUUCGGCCGAGCCGGCGGCGGGGGAAGUCCCUGUGCCCGCGACAGCGCCCUCCCGUGCCUCCGUGCAGCGCUCCGCCGCCGUCCCAGGCGGCCCCAUGCCCCGAUGCCCCGCGGGGGCCAUGGACGACGGGCCGGUGGACCUGCGCACCCGGCCCAAGACCGCUGCGCCCGGCGCCGCGCUGCCUCUCCGCAAGCGCCCCCUGCGCGAGCCCUCGCCGGGCCCCGCUGUGCCCCGCGCCGCGCCCCCGGACCCCCUGCGCAGCGGCUGCGACGCCCCUGCUGUGCCCGCGCCCCCUCAUGGCCUGCCCAGGCCCGAGGCGCUCUACUACCCGGGACCCCUACUGCCUCUAUACCCAACCCCACCAGUGGGCUCCUUUCCUCUGCUGAACCUGCCUGCACCACUGUACCCCAUGAUGUGCUCCAUGGAACACCCCCUGUCAGUGGACAUCGCCACAGCCACCCGUGCAGAUGAGGAUGGGGACACGCCUCUGCACAUCGCUGUGGUGCAGGACAACCUGCAUGCUGUGCAACGCCUGGUGAUCCUUUUCCAGCUCGCAGGCCGUGAGCUGGAUGUCUACAACAAUCUGCGGCAGACCCCACUCCACUUGGCUGUGAUCACUGCGUUACCAGAGAUGGUCCAGCUCCUAGUGAGCGCUGGUGCCAGCCCCAUGGCGCUGGAUCGGCAUGGCCAGACAGCAGUCCACCUGGCGUGUGAGCACCGCAGCCUGCCCUGCCUGCAAACGCUGCUGGACAGCGCGGCCCCGGGCUCCGUGGACCUGGAGGCCCGCAAUUACGACGGGCUCACCGCCCUGCAUGUGGCAGUGAAUACCAAAUGCCACCAAGCAGUGCUGCUUCUGCUAGAGCGCGGCGCGGACAUUGAUGCGGUGGACAUAAAGAGUGGCCGCUCCCCGCUCAUCCACGCCGUAGAAAACAACAGCCUCAGCAUGGUGCAGCUCCUAUUGCAGCACGGUGCCAACGUGAAUGCGCAAAUGUACUCGGGCAGCUCGGCGCUGCAUUCUGCGUCGGGCCGCGGGCUCCUGCCGCUCGUGCGCACCCUGAUCCGCAGUGGUGCCGACAGUGGCCUCAAGAACUGUCACAACGACACGCCGCUCAUGGUGGCGCGCAGCCGCAGGGUCAUCGAUAUCCUGAGGGGCAAGGCCACCAGGGCUGCCUCUGCAACACAGACCGAGCCCUCCCCGGACCGAAGUGCCACCACCUCCCCUGAAAGCAGCAGCCACCUCAGCUCCAAUGGUCUCCUUUCUGCUUCACCAUCCUCCUCGCCUUCCCAGUCUCCCCCCAAGGACCCACCCGGAUUAUCCCUGGUUCGCCCCAGUUUCUUCCUUCCAACCCCAUCCCCACCUGCCUUCCUGCCCUUUCCUGGGGUUCUCCGAGGCCCUGGGCGACCGGUGGCCCCCUCCCCAGCUCCAGGAGGCAGCUGAGAAGGAUGGGGGGGCAGAUUUUGAACUCAUGAGGAGGGGCCUCCCUGCACUAGCGGGGUCUGCCCUUCCUGAAACUGUGACGAUCUUGCUCUGCCCCCCCCCCCAAUCUUCAGGACCAGGAUUUGCACCAAAGCACACGCACCUACUCCUGAGCCCUUGGCGUGCAUAGAUUCCCCCGCCUUGUCCCACCCACCACAGACUGUGGCUCUCUCAGGCAUUGCCCUCCCCCUGACCCCGCAUCCUGGGUCUGGAACUCCACCCAAAUGUUCAUUUCCUGUCCACUCUGUGAGCUAAUGGAACCAGGGAACAGUCCCUCCUUUGCCGGCUCUGUCCAGGUGGAUGAGGAGAGAGGGGCUUAGGCUGGCACUGGUAGCAAUGUAAAUUAUUAGGCGCCAGGGUUAGAUUUCUUUUGUAAUAAACUAUUUUUGUAUCAU